AUGGCAGAGGUUAGAUGUCGCAUCUCAGACGAAGAUAUGGUAGAGGGUUUUCUGAGACCAAAGGUGAACGGGGCAGCAACAGCAAACCCGAGAUACAUCGUAGACAACAUGGAGGAGGAUGUGUACAAACGAGAGCCGUGGCUGCUUCCGCAACCAGCAGAUCCGAUCCUAAACCCUAACGAGUGGUUGUACUUGGGGAAACGGGAUUGGAAAUAUCUGUCGGCAGAAGGAGUUGAUUGUGAGGGAUCGUGGAUGCCCGUCGAAGGUCGUAGCCGGAUCCUGUCUGAGGAUUCGGGUGAAUUAAUUGGGGGAAGCAUGAGAUUCAGAUAUUGCUUCAGGAACAAGAACGAUAAAUCAACUCCUAUGGACUGGAGCAAUUGGUUCAUGCGAGAGUAUCGUCUCUGUGACAAAUUCGGCAACGCCAUCAAAACACGUCAUGUUCUCUGCAAGAUUACUUGUUACCCCCACCUUUGA